AUGGCCCUUGUCAUCCCUAGGGCAGGUACAAAUCCAUCACGCCGUCCUUGUAUCAAAUUGCACAAUCAAAACAUCAAGAUAGUCUCAACUCUUAAACAUCUAGGCCUUCUCUGGGAUCAAGGACUCACGUGGCUCCCGCACAUUCAAGACAUCAGAAAGAAGACUAUCACCAUUGCAAGGAAGGCACGCACCUUUCAAGGGCAAAAUUGGGGGCAGAACCAUCAUAUACAGAAGAUCCUAUAUCACACUGUGGCAGAGAAGAUCGCCACGUACGCUGCCGCUGCCUGGGCCCACCCAAUGGGCGCUCGUAAAAUCAAAUUACUGACUACCGUCCAACGCCCUUUCGCCCUCAACCUCACGAAAGCCUUUCGCACAACUGCAACAAGUGCGGUGACUGUCCUUGCGGGGUUGCUGCCUCUCCACAUCAAAGUAGAAAUGGAAGCGGCAUAUACAACUCUAGUAUACUUGAGAAAAGACGUCACAUUCUACAAUAGCACCUACAGCCCAGUCCAGUUUGAAACACCUGGACACCCUCUCCACACACACCCGGCAAUUAAAGGCAAAGGAAUUUCUGUCAUCAUUCCACGCACCCCUACCAACACUGGAAUGCAAGUACCUUCACAAGGUACCCACAUCUUUACAGAUGGUUCUAAACAGGAGGAAGGUGUAGGCAGUGCCUACAUCCACUACCAGGAUGGCCUGAUAGAACAAGAAUGGAAAGGUCGUUUGCAAAAUCACAACAGCAUCUUCCAAGCGGAGGUCCUGGCCAUCACAGCAGCAAUGCAGCACAUUGUCCAUAAUGAUCUAACUCAUGCCACACUUCAUACAGACAGCUACUCAACACUUCAAGCCCUUCAGAACCAUCAGCACAGAUCCCCACUAGUCAUCGCCCUUCAGCACCUCUUGCAGCAAAAUUCACAUAUGCACACGACGCUGAUGUGGAUAAAAGCACAUGCCAACAACGAAGGCAAUGAGUCAGCAGACCGUUUAGCCAAUCAGGCAGUAACCGACUCAAAUGCACAGCAGAUCCACCUUCAAGCCCCACCUUCCUACCUAAAGGGACAGCUCCGGAGUAAAGGGCUCCAACAAUGGCAGGAGGAAUGGAACCAUAGCACAACUGGCCGCCGCACCUACGAUUUCUUCCCCAAAGUCAGCACGGAUCGACACAUCGCAAUCGCUCCGCUGACACGAUAUAUCACGGGACACGGCCCAUUCCCCAGCUACUUCCAAAGGCACAACAUCUCAUCAACAGAUAUAUGCGUCUGUGGAGCCCCAGGCAACCCAGACCACUAUCUUUUCACCUGCCAGCUGACAAAAGACCAUCACCUCCCAUGUCCAACCAUGAACAGAGAUGCGUACCACCGCUUUAUCAUCACUCACAAGCCAGCCAUAACCAAAAUCUGCAAAGCUAUCACUCAAAUCGGGGCAAUGGGCCAAGAUAUCUGCUCACCGCAAUAG